AUGAGCAUGUUGACCUGGGCGAUGCGAUUGCUGAUGCGCUCUCGUGGCCAUUUCAUCACUAAACGUGAGGGAGCUUAUGGUCUCAACUUAAAGAGGCCGAUGGAUUUUGCAAUAGCCAGACAACAGAGAGGCUGGGUGUGGAGAGAAGAAGAGGGGCCAGGAGACUGGUAUCUUUUCUUUUUCUCUCGCUUUUGGAAGACGACCUCUGAACCAAAUGCCAGAGCUGCCAUCUGGGAGUGUAGGCCUCGAGGUUAUGUCUUCAUCCUCAAUUAA